GCAUAUUUUAGAUAUUUAUUUUUUUUUUUGUUCUUGAUAUGUAUUUCAGCUUUUUUUUCAGCCAUUAGAGAAAUAUGUGCAAAAAGUAUAAUCCUUUUAAAAUUAAAAGAAACUGUUUAAAACAUGUUGCUUGCAAGCACUUGUGAUGGUUUAGGGAGGUGUAGCUCAGCAAUGACUAUUAAGUGAACCAAAGGCAUCCUAAGUACUGAAGUGGUAAGGUUUUUUUUCCUCACUUUACUGAAAUAUAUUGCAGUACUCCUUAGUUAUCACCAGAUGGCCUUGAAAGUCUCUUUUUUUCUAAAGUAGGGAGCAGUGUAGACACAAGGAAGUGAUGUAUCUGUGUGCUGCAAUCGUUCCAGGAAACAGCUGAGUUACAGUUCCCAGCAAGGUUUUGUUUUCCUCCAAACUUUUGUGUACAGAGCUAGAGCUGGAGCUAGUAUUGACAAUCUUAAAUGUUAAGCCUGCCGGUUUCCUUUUAGAUUGUAUCAUUUAACUCUCCUCUUUUUUUUAUUUCCCCUUUUUUUUUUAAGAACUUGGAUUGCCAAGAACCAUGAUGAUGAGCCUUUUUUUGCCUCUUUUACUUGUGUCUGUUCUGUUUAUGAACAGCUUCUCAGAAGUGCGGGGAAGGAAAUGGAAAGGUGAAGGUACAACUCAAAACCUGGAAAGUAUUGCCAUUGGAAGAUGCUAUGAUUAUAUUAGAAUUGUGAAUCCUGCUGUUGGUGAGAAGAAUUGUUCAGAGAUAUGGGAAGCAUUUAAAAGUGCAUUUAUUAACAAGGAUCCUUGCAGCAUUCUACCUGAGGACUAUGAAUUAUUUAUCAACCUGUCAUUGCACACAAUUCCAGCUAACAAGUCUCUCUUCUGGGAAAAUAAUCAGCUACUAGUCAAUAGCUUUGCUGACAGAGGACGUCGCUACAUGUCUGUGGGUGAUACCCUGUUUGGCUUCUUUGGAGAUUUCCUAAACUGGUGUGGGCAGGCAAACAGCUCUGGACUGGACUAUGAAUCCUGCCCUACUACGAUGGAAUGUGAAACCAAUGCAGUGGAUUCUUUCUGGAGGAUGGCCUCAAUCACUUAUGCGAAGCACAGUUCAGGGGAGAUACAUGUCUUGUUGAAUGGUUCUGCAGUCGGAGGAGCUUAUCCACAGCCAAGUUUUUUUGCAGAUUAUGAAAUACCUAAUCUCCAGAAAGACAAAAUCUCACAAGUUGUUAUUUGGGUUGUGGAUGAUAUUGAAGGACCAGAUCUAGACUCCUGUGGAAUCCACAGUGUAAAGACAUUAGAAACCAGGCUGAAAACCCUUGGUUAUAAUGUCACAUGCACUGACAAUUACAAGUCUGUAGUGUUCUUACUCUGCUUGGAUUAUCCUGAUAAUUCUAAGUGUGCCCUUCCAUCAUCUGCACCAGCAGGACAAAGAGGACCUAUAUCUUCAGACAGAGGAGGCAGCUGGAACAAGCUCAUGUUUGUUUCUUUUGUAGGCUUUUUGUUCAGAUUUGCUUUAGUGUAAUAAGUUAAUCAAAUGAAUCCAUAUCCUCUGUUUGCCUUAACUAGCUAUAAAUUUGCCUUCAGCUAAUUUUUAACUGCAGUUUCAUCCUGCGUCUGGGACUGGCAAACCUGCGUAUUAAAACCUUGCAUACUAGAUACCAACUUCUUUUAGUAUCAAAAAUUAACCUGCUGAUGCUAGAAAGCCUCACCCUUCAUUUCCUUCUCUUGAUUAGAAGAAAUGCAUUGCUAUUUCCUCUUAUCUUUGUUCUCCAGAAUUAAACAAGAAUAAUACGUUCUGUUCACAUAUUUCAGAAGGAAAAUUAAAGUAUGCCUGUUGUACAUCAUCCGCACAGAUAACUUGUUUAUAAAAACAUCCUAGCAUUUUGCCUUGUGAACUUAAGUGGCUGACUGUCAUGUUUUGGGAAAGGGAAAUACGAAUUCAGAUAGGAGAGGUCUUAGAUUUCUCACUUGAUACAAGAUACAAUCGGUAAGACAGCAGAAAAUUAAACUCAUUUUCAUAAGUGGUCCAGCACUUGGGCCAAACUUACCUGAAACUGUUGUAUAGCAAGAUUCUGGCUUGCAUACUUGCAUACAGUAUUUUACCACAUGAUAUUGAUUGCUUUGUCAUCCACACAGCUGUUCCUGGCCACUGGGUAGCAAAUAGUCAGAAAUACCAGGUCUAGAGAGUUCCACAGUUUUUCCACUAUGAUGUGAUUUAUGGUAUAUCAUAUUCAGACAAGAACAUGCCAAGUCAGACAUUGGCCUGCUUGCUGUGAACUCAGUCAGCGUGCUUCAGAAUAUACUGAGGAGAGAGCAGAUGCCAUUCUGAAGAUUUCUUGAGUUACUUUUGUGAAUUAUCUUAGUGUUCCAGCUAGAUCCUCUUCUAAAUCACCAGCUAAACAUCCAGCUGCCAAGGUGCCACAUAAAUCUUCAGAAAAAAAAUAGUCAUUCUACUAGAGAAUAAUUUUAUGUAGAAUUUUGUUGCACAUUCUGUGCUAGCUUCUGUAUUAUUUAUUUGUGUUUAUAUUAGCUGGUUGCCAGGAAACUGGGAUAGGAUAUUCCUGUUAUCUGAGUGAAUCUGAUUUAGGGCUUCAUAGUAGAUUUACAUCCUUUCACUCCUUGUUGCAUCCUAUCCUCCCUGAUACAACUAUAUCAUGUUGUAUGUAAAAUAUGUUGUUGUUGCUUAUUUGUCUUGCUUCCAUUCCUGUAAUAAUCCUUAUUUUGGUUUUAAUGCAAAUCCCUUUAUAUUACACACAUAGUUGGGUUUGCCUGUGUCACAGCUGUUUAGUCUUCAGCUUGAAGGAUUUUUGUGUCUGUUUCAAACCCAAAAAGUACUGAAAAUGCAGAAGUACUGAAAUCAGAAGUUAUAGACCUUUGAAAAUCUGGGCUGCAGUAUGCCUCAGAAUUGUUCCCUAUCUAUGCUGUAACAUUAGUCUUUUGAUUGGUUCUUUCAACAUCCUCCUCACUUUUAUUGCUUGUUUGUUGCUGUCCUUAACAGCAGCUGCCAGAAUAAUCAGAGAGGUAUCUGUCUGUAACACAAUCACAUCUCAGAUAACUAAACCCAAGCAAUUUUGAUCAAUCUUCUAUUUGCCUGCAGCAGGUCACAUCAUGACACAUUUUGAGCCACAGGCUGUAGAGAUAGUGCAUUUGAGGCUCACAGUUAGGAGUCCAAGCCAUCAUCAGGACUAGUGUUGGCCUACCUAUUGACCUGGGCAUGACAGUGUGUGGGAGAUUCAGAGAACAGCUUAAAGCACAAGCCUUGUGCCUCUUAGGCAACUUCCAUCCAUAUGCCAAGCAUCCCAGCUGACCAGCUUUUGCUUUCCAGCUUAUGAAAGCUUUUCACCUCUACUGCAAUCCAAUCCAGCAGGACAGUCAGUUCUGACCAUUACAUAUGAUACCAAAUACACUGUAGGAAGUGCUAAGUAAUUCUGUUUUGAAAAAAAAAAUAAUUAAAAUACAAAGUAGGAUAGCUACAAUUCAAACAAUUGAGGUUAUUUACUGCAUAACCUUGUAUCAAGAACAACACACUCAGUACUUCUUGCAGUGUUUUCUCAUUUCUAAUGUUCUUGCCUCUUUUCCUAUUACUUCGACUCAGUAGCAAAGACAGCAAUUUUUUUUCUCCAAUACCUGUUCAAUAAUGCAUCUCAAAGUUGCAGGAAAAAAUUGGGAAGAUCUGUAAAGAUUUUUAGCUAACCAACUAAUAUAGAUGGGAGGGGGGAAAAAAGCAAAGUUCUAGAUGCAUAGGUUUCCUGAGAUCUUAGAGGCAGCACAUUUCAAGAUGAAUGUGAAUUGUUUGUUCUGCAUUUAAUAUAAUGUUUUUAAUCUGCAUGAAAGAACAGUGUGACUGGCAUCUCGGAAGCAGAGAGGCAGAAGUGUCAGCAAAGCAAGAAACAAUAAGAUCAUUUGUUACUCCCAGAGAGAGGGAGAGACAGGAACAAACCUUUUUUAUUUCUACAUCUACAAAGGAUGUGAAUAGUACUGUUUACACAUAUAUGUUACACUUACGUGGUGACAAUCAGCUAGGUGUACCUGUGCUCUGUCUUGAACACCCAGUAAAUGCUCUGGUUAGCAACGUCUCAUGUAACAACUGUGCCAAAUUUGGAGAAAUCAUACUGUCCAAAAGGCACCUGCCCUUCUCUGUAAACUUAUGCAAGCUUGGUAAUGUUCACCCGGGUACUUCAAAUACAGAUUCAAAAUGUUUCAGUCAUUCAUACUUGUACUAGAAGUACUACAAAACCAGCUGUCUCCAGACCUGAAUUCGAGGGAAAAAAUAUUUCAGAUGAAAACAAUAUGUGUAUCACUUCAUUUUGAAUCUGAUUGGAUGCCACAAUCCUGUGUAGAUCUGUUAAUAUCCAACUAUUUAUGGCAAAUGAAAACAUCACGUACAGGAGCAUUACAAGGUGCUCUGCAUUUCCACAGACAGACCUGUGGAAGCUACUGAGACUACAGUAGUAUUUCCUGCUCUGCCCAUUUUGUGGACCAUUCAAGAACUCAGUUAUGUCGCGUCCUUCAUUCCUAUAUAAUAUAAUAUAAUAUAAUAUAAUAAUAAUAUAAUAUAAUAUAAUAUAAUAUAAUAUAAUAUAUAAUCACUCCUACUAACUUACUUUUUUCUCCUGCUACAUGUGUUUCAGUCAUUGUAUCUGACAAAAGCUGAACUCAGAGUAAUUCCUUUCUCCAGCAUGUAUGUGUAUGCAUACGUAUACAUCUGCUCAUACCUGCUCUGUCUAUUUUUAAAUGCAAACUCUUGAGUGCUCUGGAGUAAGAAGUUAUGAGAAUAAAGCAAGAACAACUUGA